UGCGAUAUAAUUCAUGAUAAUAGUUCCAUCACUUCUUUAACGUAGGUAGUAAGUAGCUACCAUUUGCUAAAUACCGUUACAUGUGUUUGCUCCUAUGGAAGGGGCAGCUACGUAAUGGCUCUGCUUUGGUUUAUGGCUGUGCUCAAAGCGAUAAAGUUGGCUGCUGGGACUUCCGAUGCAAAUGUAUUCCAAGUUAGCAAUUCUGCGAAAAUGAAAUACACACAAUUGUAAAAUAUUUUUUUUGUUUGGGUUGUAAUUUAAAAAAAAAACGCGUGUAGCUACUGUUUUUGACCUGCCUGAGACCCAGAAACCGCUGUAGCGAACCAGCAAGCUGAGAAAGAGAGAAGGGUGAGAGAGGCCAUGGUUGGGGAUAUCAUAGGAGUUGGAAUGACCGACACUCCUCCAAGGGAUGGCCCCUCUCAGGGUGCUGAGUUUGAUAUGAUGGGGGCUCUGGACUGGAAGGACGGUAUUGCCACGCUGCCGGGCAGUGACAUUCGGUUUCGCAUGACAGAGUUCGGGACUUUGGAAAUCGUCACAGACCUAGAGGUCAAAGGACAGAAGACAAAGCCUGAGACGUUGGACCCGGCACAGUCUCACACUCCUACACCUCCACCAGAAGGACAAUCACAGACUAGCAAAGCCACAGCUCCAGCUCCAGUCAAUCAGAGUCAGCCAGGAUUAUCUCUAAAUAAAGUUCCUGGUCCUGUGCUUCUGUCUUUAGAAGAGGGACCUAAUGCGGAGGGCCCCAGUGUGGAGGUCGGUCCCAGUGUAGAGGUAGGCUCUAACGCAGACGCGGGUCAAAAUGGGGAGCUGUCAAGGUGCCGGGCCUGUGAUGGCCGCAUCCCCCCAGAUGCCCUCUUCCAGGGCAAAUUCUGUUGCUCCGUUUGUGCUCAGCCCUCCAGCGGCAGAUCGUCCCCAGGGGAAGCAAGGGAGAGUCAAGCAGCUGAUGGUGAAAGGCUGGGUAAACGUGUGCGCAAAAAGAGGAAGAUGUAUAUGGAUUCCGGGGAUGAAGAGGAAGACAACCAAGAGGAACCAGAGGAAAAGGCCAAGACUACCAAAGGGAGGAGAGGUGCCAAAAUUGCCAAACUGGUGACCGGCCCAGCCCAUAAGAAACGGGCAUGGAGCUGGCCUUCUUACUUGGAGGAAGAGAGGGCCAUCGCUGCUCCUGCUAAACUAUUCAAAGAGCACCAGUCACUUCCUCAAAGCAGGAACAGUUUUAAAGUGGGAAUGAAGCUGGAGGGGCUGGACCCAUCGCACCCCUCCCUGUUCUGUGUUCUCACUGUUGCAGAGAUACAAGGCUAUAGGGUGAGGCUCCACUUUGAUGGUUACCCAGAAUGCUACGACUUCUGGGCCAACGCCGACUCUUGGGAUAUGAAACCAGCCGGCUGGUGCGAGAAGAAUGGGCACAAGUUAUUGUUACCUAAAGGUUGUAAGGAUGGAGAGUUUAAUUGGAGCAUGUACGUGAAGAACUGUAGGGGACAGCUGGCCCCAAAACACCUUUUCAAGAGUCUCAACACAUCUGUGACUCCGUCUGGGUUUCGAGCAGGGAUGAAGCUGGAGGCAAUUGACAGAAAAAACCCGUCUUUGGUCUGUGUCGCAACCAUUGCUGCUGUUGUUGACAACCGGCUGCUCAUUCAUUUUGACAACUGGGAUGAUACAUAUGAUUAUUGGUGUGACGCUAGCAGCCCGUACAUCCAUCCUGUGGGUUACUGCGAAGAUGCUGAGCUUACUCUGACUACUCCAGCUGGUAAGACACAGACCAAGACACAAGUGGAAUAUAAGCAACCCAAGAGCUUCUCAUGGGAGAAAUACCUGGAAGAGACAGGCACACAGGCAGCUCCUGCUCGUGCUUUCAAACCACGACCUCCACAUGGCUUCCAGAUUGGGAUGAAAGUGGAAGCUGUGGAUAAGAGAAACCCCAUGCUCAUCCGUGUUGCAACAAUAGCCGACACCGAGGACCACCGACUAAAGAUUCAUUUUGAUGGCUGGAGCUCAGAAUAUGACUAUUGGGUGGAGACAGACUACCCGGAUUUGCACCCUGUAGGGUGGUGUCAGAAAACGGGACACCCGCUACAAUACCCUAACGGCUCCAGUGAUUUAGUGACUGCCCCAGGUCAAGGUUGUCCUACCCCAGGAUGCAACGGGGUGGGCCACAUCAGAGGACCCCGCUACGGGACCCACUAUACUCAGGUGAGCUGUCCCUAUUCGGAGACCAAUCUGAACAAGGAGGGCUUGCUGCCAGACCGCCUAAGUGGAGAACGGCCCCUCGCCCUCAGUGGACCUCAUCCACGCGGGCGCCGCCCCGAUCCUAGUACUAACACCACGACACAGACCUCCUCAGCGCCAGACCAGGCGGAAGGAGCUGAAGACUCCCACAACAGGAAACCGUUGACAGUGGAGGCUGAGCGCUUGGCACGUAACACUCAGCCUGAGCCACCGGGCGGAGCCAGUGAGCAGAGUCAGAAUGGAACAAGGCCUAAACGGACUGCUCCAGUUCCCAAAUACCUGAAAAUGCACUACGUCAAAGAGGAGAUUGACGAUGGUAAAGCCUCUCCAGACGCCAUCUCUCUCCAGCAGGCCCUCCACGAGUCUGUGUUUUCCCCUGGCCUCUCCGCCUCCCCCCCCCACCGCGUGUCUCUCUGCUGGGACAAACAUUGCCAGCUGCUGCCUGAGGUCCUGGGGCUGACUGCCAAGCGAGUGGCCACUUGGAGCGCAGAGGAGGUGGCCACUUUCGUCAAAGGCCUUCCAGGAUGUAAAGAACACGCCGCUACAUUUAAAACAGAGCAAAUAGACGGCGAGGCCUUCCUGCUGCUCACGCAAGGGGACAUUGUCAAGAUCCUGUCCAUCAAGUUAGGACCCGCCCUGAAGAUCUACAACUCCAUCCUCAUGUUGAAGAAUGCAGACGAAGAGUAAGACCCUAAAGACUUGGCGAGGAAUCACUGCCUCCUCACCGGCCCCUCGGCUCCGGUUUCAUCAACACUCGGCUGGAGGGCGUUUGAUUAAAAAUUUGCCCGAACAGGUUUCUUCUGUCGAUCUCUACAACGGUGCAGCUACACGCCAUCACAGGAGAGCAUCCGUCCCUCUCCCUCCUCGCUCCCCUACGGACAGUGCUGCUGGACCUGAGGGAGAGUUGUACAAGAUACCGUAUAUCGUUUUUUGUUUACUGAUUCAUUUAAAAAAAAAAAAAAAAAGAACAACAUCAGGCACCUUCAACGCUCCUCAACAUGUACAGUUUAUUAUUUUGUUCUAAUGUCACAAUUCUGUUGCAUAUCCUUUUUUAUUUGAGUGGUAUCGGUGCUUGAGUUCAGAGCAGAGUGAAUACGUUUGGUUGUACUUGUCAGACUUUUACUUUCUUUUUUCAAAGCUGCAAAAUACAAUCGUGAGUUGGCGAGUGUUUUUUAAAAUGUGAAACCCAGUGGAACAGAAGCACUAUGUAGUUCAGCCUUUCUCCUCUAGAUGGAGAAAGUGGGAAACUCCACAGGCCGAAAUUCAGAAGAGAGUUUAAUUCAAUUGGAGUUUGAGUUGGCUGAAGCUCAGAUUGAUGGGGGAUGGGAAGGACUCGCUGUGUGUGUGUGUGUGUGUGUGUGUGUGUGUGUGUGUGUGUGUGUUGCUUUUCUGGUCAGAUAAAAGUUUGACAAGCAGGACUAAGGGCUAAAUGUCAAAUCAAGAAAACAUGCAGUCUUUUAAGGUGGAAGGAGACGACUAACAAGCUCCGCUCCUCCUUAUCGGCUUUGUUGACUCUGGGAACGGCACAUGAAUAUGAAUGUUAAAACAAACAGCUAUUAGUGGUUUUGUUUAUGUUGUUUGAUUUGGUUCAUUGACAUUGUAAAUAAUAUACAGCUACAAAACAACUGUCCCUAACAGAGUUUACUCCCGCUUGGUUAUGCAAAGGCUUGACGUCUGUCCACAAGGAAGGGCUCCGUAACAGCGAACUGAAAAAUACGAGCCUCAAUUGAUACAAAGAUUUUGAGAAAAAAAAAGAAACAAGACAAACCUUGUCAGUGUCUUUGUAAAUCAUUGUGUACUUCAAGUUGGAAUGUGUACAUCAGCAAAUGUUUAUAUGCAAACAGCUUUUAUUUAUGUAUUCUAAUUUAAAGGGUAGUGGGACUCUGUUUCGGGGUCUGAGGAAAGCUGCGGCUGUUUGACAGAACGCUUUUGAAUGAGUGGAAAUAAAUGAGAUGUACACCACCG